AUGACUUCGUUACUCGUCUGGAUUGGUCGAUUUGGAUUUUUCGCUCUGAUGAUCGUUCAGGGUAUAUCACUCUCUUCCUACCCAGCAAACUACGAAUACAACGCCAACGCUGGUUUCUAUGGGUUGAUUCUCUUGUUCGUUCCCGCUCUCCUGAUAUGGCUGUUCAUCAUGUGCAACGAUGGGCGUCUUCCUUGGCUCUUCGUCGUGUGGGUCUUGUACACAUGGGUUGCAUUGGUGCCUCUCAUUGGAACCAUCUUUGGUCGAAUCGAGGACGACAUCAACAAAGACGCAUUCUUUGGUCCUAACGUCUUGAAAAUGACACUGUGUAUUUCACCGCUUUUGCUGUUGCUGUUGCUAAACACCGCGGUGGACUCUACUGAUUAUCAAGAACUGGUGUUAAAGUUAUCUCUCCAAAUCGCGCUGGAUCUCUUCGAUGGGGUUGAGAUGCUGGAAGUCAUCCUAGAGGAGAACGAACUCAACCAUGGUGUUCCAAAGAGUUUCGAGAGAGUCAUCAUUGCCUUCGUCUGUGUCAGCAUCUUGGUGUCGCCGUUGCAGUUGGUGGAGAACAAGCUGACCCGAAAUGACGGGGCGGGCGGCUGGGAUGUCUUCACGUAUCCAGCGGUUUUGCGUAUUGCCAUUCAGAUACUUUGUGUCAAUGGUGUGUUUCUCGUUCUCCGCUUGGUCCUCUUCUUCGAGUACGGCAGAGAUGCAUCAAUCUUUAUCGCGAAAAAUGGUAUCCUGCUUAUCCUUAGUUCGAUAGAGUUGUGCACGAUCUCCGAUUGCUGUGGUUGA